AUGAUUAACAACAAAUUUGCAAUCAAUCAUGCAAAAAAUCUUGUUGCACAUGGGAGAAGUAAACACAUAGAAACAAGGUUCCAUUUCCUAAGAGAGCAAGUGAAGAAAAGGAUAAUCGAAGUGACCCAUUGCCCCACUCAAGAUCAACCAGCUAAUGUGCUUACCAAACCAGUGAGAGUGGAUCGGUUUUUGAAGACCAAUGGUGAACUAGGGGUGGGAAGAAUGAUGGGUCAAUUUGCGAAAUUGAGAUCCAAAGAGAUGAAGGAGACAAAUGGGAUGAAACUGUCGAGUUACAAGGGAGAUAAUGUGAAUGGAGAUGCUUUCGAGGAGAAAAUGAGAAUUCCUGAUCCUGAAAGGCUGAUCAGAGCGUACAACAAAUCUGUUGUGACUCUAAGUCUUCUGAAGGCAUUUGCUAUGGGAUGCCAAUGGAAUUUGGACUUCUCACAACACAACGAGCAAGGAGACAAGUACCUAGAGCUUGCUCACCGAAUUGAUAACACCCUUGCAUUCAUGGCUGCUGCAGGCCUCACGGUGGACCAUCCUAUAAUGAAAACAACUGAGUUUUGGACUUCACAUGAAUGUUUGUUACUGCCCUAUGAGCAAUCACUCACUAGGUUGGAUUCAACUUCUGGUCUCUACUAUGACUGCUCUGCCCAUAUGCUUUGGGUUGGGGAACGGACCAGGCAGCUCGAUGGUGCCCAUGUUGAGUUUCUAAGAGGAGUUAUAAUCCCCUUAGCAUUAAGGCUUAAUGCUUCACAAUCUCUUGAGCUGGCUUUCAACAUUUCUGAACGCCUCAAAAAGAAUAGGAUCGGAUCUGAUCUUAACAGUAUCUUUUCUCUGUAG